UGGAAUCCUUUGAGGAAGCCGUCCUGUGUUUCUCGGAGAAGGAGUUGUGUGUCCUGGAUCAGGUCUAGUGGGCUUCAUAUGUAGACGAGACGAUGGAGACCUGUGAGAACAUGCCCUCUGGAAAUCAGGGAGAGAACGAGAACCAUGGAGAGCCAGCUGUAACAAAGCCUGACAUGGAAAACCCAACCCAAGUGACAAACCCAAAGACCUUCUCUUCCUUCCAGAAGGCUGAUCAUUCUGAACCUCUAACCUCAGAAUCAAACAAAAUUGAAUGUUCUGACUGUGGGAGAAUUUGCAAAUGCCAUUCACAGUUAGACAUAGAUGCCAGGCUCCACAAAGGAGACCAAUGUAUGGACUGUGGAAACAGUUUUAGUCCGUGUGAUCAUCUACAUUCACAUCAAAGAACACACACAGAAAGGAAAACCUAUCAAUGUAUGGAUUGUGGAAAGACCUUUGGUUUUAGCAGCAAUCUGCGUCGCCAUCAGAUGAUCCACACGGGAGAGAAGCCACAUAAAUGCAUGGAAUGUGGGAAGUGCUUCAGGGAGAGUGGAAGGCUUCGUUGUCAUCAAAGGAUCCACACAGGGGAGAAGCCAUAUAAAUGCAUGGAAUGCGGAAAGAGCUUUAGUGAUAACCGAACGUAUAUGAAUCAUAUAAAGAUCCACACAGGGGAGAAACCAUUCAAAUGCAUGGAAUGUGGAAAGAGCUUCACUCAGAGGGCACAUCUGCGUGGCCAUCAAAGGACCCACACAGGAGAGAAGCCAUAUCAAUGCAAGGAAUGCGGAAAGGGUUUCAGUGAUAAUCGAACAUGCAUUAACCACCAGGCGAUUCACUCAGGGGAGAAACAUAUUGAUACUGGGAAGAGGCCAUAUAAAUGCAUGGAUUGCGGGAAGAAUUUCCGCCGGAGCGCACAUCUGCGUAGGCAUCAAAGAAUACACACAGGAGAGAAGCCAUAUAAAUGCAUGGAAUGUGGAAAGAGCUUCCGAGAUACUGGAACGUAUCAUAGACACCUAAGGAUGCACACAGGAGAAAAACCAUAUGAAUGUAUGGAAUGUGGAAAGAGCUUCGCUGAUGGUGCGCAACUCGGUUUGCAUCAAAGAAUGCACACAGGGGAAAAGCCAUACAAAUGCAUGGAAUGUGGAAAGAGUUUCGGUCGGAGUAAUGCUCUGAGUUGCCAUCAAAGAAUACACACCGGGGAGAAGCCAUAUAAAUGCAUGGAAUGUGGAAAGAGCUUCCGUGUUAGUGGAACAUAUAAUAAACAUUUAAAGACCCACAGAGGAGAGGCGCCAUUUAAAUGCAUGGAAUGUGGAGAAAACUUCAGUGAUAGUGGAUCAUAUAAUAAUCACAUAUGGACCCACACAGGAGAGAAGCCAUAUCAAUGCAUGGAAUGUGGAAAAUGUUUCAUUGAUAGUGUAUCAUAUAAUAAUCAUGUAAGGACCCACACAGGGGAGAAGCCAUAUCAAUGCCUAGAAUGUGGAAGGAGUUUCAGUGAUAGUGGAUCAUAUAAUAAUCACGUAAAGACGCACACAGGGGAGAAGCCAUAUCAAUGCAUGGAAUGUGGAAAGUGUUUCCGUCGGAAGGCACAUGUGCAAUCCCAUCUCAGAACCCACACAGAAGAAAAGCCGUAUACAUGCAUUGAAUGUGGUAAGAGUUUCAGGUGGAGUGUGCAGCUGCAUUGCCAUCAAAUAUCCCACACAGGGGUGAAGCCACAUCAAUGCAUGGAAUGUGGAAAAGGUUUCACUGAUCGUGGAUCAUAUAAUAAUCAUGUAAGGACCCACACAGGAGAGAAGCCAUAUCAAUGCAUGGAAUGUGGAAAAAGUUUCCGUCGGAGUGCACAUGUGCGUUCCCAUCAAAGGACCCACACAGGAGAGAAACCAUAUAUGUGCAUGGAAUGUGGAGAGAGUUUCCGGUGGAGUAGGCAGCUGCAUUGCCAUCAAAUAUCCCACACGGGGGAAAAGCCAUAUAAAUGCAUGGAAUGUGGGAAGAGUUUCAGUGAUCCAGGAUCGUAUAAUAAUCAUCUAAUGGCUCACACAGGAGAGAAACCAUAUAUGUGCAUUGAAUGUGGAAAGGCCUUCAGUAGUAUUAGCUCGUGUUGUAAACAUCUCUUGACUCACAUAGGUGAAAUCUUAUGAAUGCAUGGAAUGAAAUUCAGAGGAAAUAGUCAUUUAGUUCCUAGUUCCUUUGAAUUUACCACCUUUGGAAUUCCUCAAAUGACUUACUAAUAGGAAACCCAUUUCUUCUAGUCCAAGUAUUGUUGAUACUUAUUCCCCUUAAUAAGUCUUGAUAUUUUUUCCAUGUUUAUAU